AUGAGGCUGCAGUACCUUCAAUCUGCUGCGAAGUGGAUUUGGUCCAUUGAGGGCUCCUCGCUGCUGCAGGUCCAUGUGGACAAGUCCAUGCUGCGCAACGAGGCGCUGGCACUGAUUCCGCAGCCCAGAUCUGUCAGAAGGAUCCCGGGUUUUCUGGAGCUGCCGGAGCUUUCGGCUCAUGGCCCCAGCAGCCUGCUGCGGGUGCUGGACGAGUUUCUGGCGCCCAUGAUGGGCACCUCCGUCCAGGAGCGCGAGGCCGACACUGCGCUGCUGUCGCUGCAUUUGACCGCGGGUGAUGCUUCAGAGGAGUCGUACCUUCUGAACGUCACGGGCCAAGGGGUUCGGCUGGAGGCAGCUACGGAGCACGGCCUCUUCAAUGCAGUUAUGACGUUACGCCAGAUGCUGAAGAAAGGCAAGCGCGGCUGGAUGCUGCCUCUCGCCGAGAUCGAAGAUGCGCCCGCCUUGAAAUGGCGAGGCCUUAUGCUGGACGUGAGCCGGCACUUCUUCGAGCCGUCGGAGGUGAAGCAUUUGCUGAGGACCAUGGCCCUCUUCAAGCUGAACCACUUCCACUGGCACCUGACGGACGACCAGGGCUGGCGCUUCCCGGUCCACAAGUUCCCGCAGCUCAUCCGGCUGGGCGCGUACCGCCGCGCCACGCAGAAGGGCCAUGAGGCCAAGCAGCUGGAUGAGGUACCCUACAACCACUCCUACACCGUAGAGGAGAUCGAGGACAUCUUGAGCCUUGCAGAGUCUUUGCACAUCGAGGUGAUGCCGGAGUUCGACCUGCCUGGCCACUCCCAGGCGGCCAUCGCUUCGUACCCGGAGCUGGGCAAUGCCGACAUCAGCGAGGACUGGCACCCGGAGGUGGCCACAAGCUUCGGGGCGCUGCAGUACACCUUGUCCCCCAGCGAGGUCUCGGUGAACUUCACCAAGGACGUGCUCAGCGAGAUGGCGCAGCUCUUUGCAAAGUCGCCGUACAUCCACAUCGGAGGUGAUGAGGUGCCCACGGAGCAAUGGUCCAAGAGCCGCAGGGCCCUCGCCGCGGCGCAGGAGAGCCAUGUGAGCGUGAAGAAGCUCGAGGGCCUGAUGUUGGAGAAGGCGGCGAAGCAUCUUCAGGGCCUGCGCCGCACCGCGGUGGUGUGGGACGACGCGCUCUCAGGGGGCCGCCAGCUGCCAAAGGAGACGGUCGUGAUGAUUUGGAGGUCUUGGGAAGGCCUGGCCACCGUGGGGAACAAAGCAGCAGCUCAAGGCCAUCCGGUGGUGCUGGCACCACAGGCCUAUACCUACCUGGACCAGUGGCAGGAUCUUGGGCACAGCCAGUUCGACGCCAUCGGCGGGUAUCUGCCGCUCUCCAAAGUCUACGAGUCCCCGACCUCGGCAGGGGAGGCGGAAGUGCUGGGCAUCCAGGGCCAGCUCUGGAGUGAGUACAUCCGCGAGGGGGGCCGGAACCUGGACUUCAUGGCCUGGCCGCGAGGAGCCGCCUUGGCGGAGGUGGCCUGGGCCGCCGCGGCGCGGCCCGGCUUCGCGGACUUCGAAAGGCGCCUGCGGCAGCGCAGGGAGGACUUCAAGCUGUUCCAAGUCAACUUGGGCGAGAUCUGA